AUGGAUAAGACGUGGAUUUCGCUGCCAAAGAAAAGCAUCGAGCAACGAAAUUCGCCAAUUCAUCAGCAAGAAGAUUGGGCAAUCUAUCUGAAAUGCUAUGCCCAUGUAGAGAUUGCCGCAAUAGCGUCUACAGAAGACAGUGGUCCUCAACACGAAACAGAGGCAUUUGACUUGUUUAAGACAACAUUCUCUAUGGGUGAAGGUGAACCAAAUCUGAGGAAUGAUGAUGAAGCAUUAGAGGCAAACGACGGUGAAGCAGUAGAGGAAACUGAGUUUAGGAAAAAGUUAAGAGAAGAUGAAACUCCAUUCUACUCUGAUUGUAUCAAAUACACAAAGGUUUCAACAAUUAUGGGACUUUACAGAUUCAAGGUUAAGAGUGGUGUGUCAGAAAACUACUUUGAUCAGCUGUUGGAUUUAAUUCAGGAUAUGCUACCUGAAGACAAUGUACUGCCGAAGAGUUUAGCUGCUAAAGAUAUUUGGAAGGAGUUUGAGAAGUUAGACAGCUGUCCAAGAUGCAAAGUUUCAAGAUGGGAGAAGGAUAAGCACAAUAAUGAGAUGAAGGUUGGGAUUCCAACAAAGGUCCUUAGAUAUUUUCCAAUCAAGCACAGAUUUAGGAGGAUGUUUAGAUCAAAAAAGAUGGCUGAAGAUUUGCAGUGGCACUAUACCAAUGGCACUGAAGAUGAUGGGAUGAACCCUUUCUCCAUGCAAAACACCAAUCACAGCACAUGGCCAAUGUUGUUGGUGAACUAUAACACACCUCCGACUAUGUGUAUGAAGGCUGAAAAUAUAAUGUUGACUUUGUUGAUCCCUGGUCCAACAGCUCCUGGGAAUAACAUAGAUGUUUACUUGGCACCACUAAUAGACAAUUUAAAAGAUUUGUGGGUUGAGGGUAUUGAAAUCUACGACUCAUUUGCGAAAGAGAAUUUCACACUUACAGCCAUGCUGCUUUGGAGUAUCAGUGACUAUCCAGCCUUAGGAACAUUGUCCGGAUGUAAAGUGAAGGGGAAACAAGCCUGCAAUGUAUGUGGAAAAGAUACACCUUCCAGAUGGCUAAAUUUUAGCUGUAAGUUUGUCUAUAUGGGGAAUAGAAAGAGACUACCGUCUGGCCAUCAUUACAGAUAUAAAAAAGCUUGGUUUGACAACACUAUUGAGGAAAGGAAUGCUAAAAGGAUACAAACAGGCGCUGAAAUAUAUGAGACACUACAAGCUUUUAGGAAUGAUUUUAGAAAACCUCUAGACAAGGAAAUUAAAAGAAAAAGAACUGAGUUGGAAGAUGAUGAGGAUUUGCCUGUUCGUCAUAAUAUUGAUGUUAUGCACGUAGAAAAAAAUGUGUCGGAUGCUAUAUUGGCUAUCUUGAUGCAAAGUGCUAAGUCAGAAGAUGGUUUGAAAGCAAGAAAAGACUUAGAAGAUAUUGGAAUCAGAAAUCACUUGCACACAGAGGUCAGGAGAAAGAAAACAUACUUACCUCCAGCAGCCUACUGGUUAUCCAAGAAAGAAAAGACCAUUUUCGGCCACAGGUUAUCUAAGUUUAUAGGUCCUGAUGGUUAUUGUGGUAAUAUUGCGAAUAGUGUUUCAGUUAACCCUCCAAAUAUAGGUAGUUUAAAGUCGCAUGAUCAUCAUGUCCUCAUACAGAACUUGUUACUGGCUGCAUUAAGAGGGUUGUUACAUAAGGUUCCUAGGAUUGCCAUCAAUAGAUUAUGCAGUUACUUCAACAGGUUGUGUCAACGUAUCAUCGACCCGGAGAAACUAAUGACAAUGGAGACAGAGUUUGUGGAAACAAUGUGUCAACUGGAGCGCUUCUUCCCUCCAUCCCUUUUUGAUAUCAUGUUCCACCUUCCAAUUCAUCUAUCAAAAGAGGCACGUUUGGGAGGACCGGUACACUUCCGCUGGAUGUAUCCCUUCAAAAGGUACAUGAAAACACUUAAGGCUUUUGUUAAGAAUCAUGCAAGGCCAGAAGCAUGCAUGGCUGAGGGGUAUUUAGCUGGAGAAUGCGUUGCAUUUUGUUUAGAGUUCCUUAAAGAUUCAGUACCAGUUCAAGAAACAGUUAAUCGCAAUGAAGAUAUUGAGGCUGAUAGAGGCGUGGUUGAAGGUCGACCUCUGCAGAAGAGUAUAGAAGUUACCCUAUCAGAUAAAGAUAGAGACACUGCACAUCGCUAUGUGCUAAUGAACAUGGCAUCUUUGGAUCCUUAUAUUGACUCAUCUUGUAGCUUGAUGGCUGGUCUUCUUGGACCAUACUUCAGCUUGAUGAUCAAGGAUGGAAUUUUACUGUGGCAGAUUCAUUCAGACUCAACAAAUAGUCAUUCUAAGGAGAUAUGGUGGUUGGCAUUUGGACCAAGAAAUGUUGCUUUAGCACAUAAAGGAUUUAUCGUUAAUGGGCAACGGUUUCACACAUAUGCGGUUAAUCGGAAGACACAAAAUAGUGGAGUAACUUAUGAAGCAUUUAGCAUGUGUAGAUCAAGUGCUCGAGAUAUGAGACAAGUCGCUGAUAUGCUUACAUAUUUUGGAGUGAUAAAGGAGAUUUUACUUAUGGACUAUCACAUGUUCAAAGUGCCGCUGUUUAGAUGCAAUUGGGCCAACACAGGGAAUGGUGUGAAGGAGGAAGAUGGUUUCACUCUUGUCAACCUUCAUAUGAACCAAACAGCCUAUUUGAAAGAUCCAUUCAUUCUACCUUCUCAAGCAAAACAGGUUUUCUAUUCUAGGGAAGAUGAUAAUUCAAAUUGGUAUGUUGUUAUGAGAGCACCACCUAGAGGCUAUCAUGAGUUGGAAACAUAA